AUGGUAUGCGAGGCAAAGCGCUCCGUCUCUUGCCCUUGUUUCUUCCUCCUGACUGCCAAGUUCUACUGGAUCCUCACUAUGAUGCAAAGAACGCACAGCCAGGAGUAUGCCCACUCCAUACGCUUGGAUGGGGACAUCAUUUUGGGGGGUCUGUUCCCAGUCCAUGCAAAGGGAGAGAGAGGGGUGCCGUGUGGGGAGUUGAAGAAGGAAAAGGGCAUUCACCGGCUUGAGGCCAUGCUUUAUGCAAUUGAUCAGAUUAAUAAGGACCCAGAUCUCCUGUCCAAUAUCACACUGGGUGUUAGAAUCCUUGACACGUGCUCCCGGGACACCUACGCUUUGGAGCAAUCUCUGACGUUCGUGCAGGCUUUAAUAGAGAAAGACGCAUUUGAUGUGAAGUGUGCUAAUGGAGACCCGCCCAUUUUCACCAAGCCCGACAAGAUUUCUGGUGUCAUCGGUGCUGCUGCUAGCUCUGUGUCCAUCAUGGUUGCUAACAUUCUAAGACUUUUUAAGAUACCUCAAAUCAGCUAUGCAUCCACAGCUCCAGAGCUAAGUGACAAUACCAGGUAUGACUUUUUCUCUCGGGUCGUCCCACCCGAUUCCUACCAAGCGCAAGCCAUGGUGGACAUCGUAACGGCCUUGGGGUGGAAUUACGUGUCGACGCUGGCGUCCGAGGGGAACUACGGGGAGAGCGGCGUGGAGGCCUUCACGCAGAUCUCCCGGGAGAUUGGUGGUGUCUGUAUUGCUCAAUCGCAGAAAAUUCCUCGUGAACCAAGGCCUGGAGAAUUUGAAAAAAUCAUCAAGCGCCUGCUAGAAACACCUAAUGCUCGGGCAGUGAUUAUGUUUGCCAAUGAGGAUGACAUCAGGAGAAUAUUGAAAGUGCCAUGGGCUGCCAAAAGAACCAAUAGAUCUGGACACUUUCAUUGGGGGUCCAGAACAUGGGGCUCAAGAACUUCCCCACUUUUGCAUGCAUCUGAGGUUACUGAAAGUACCAUGACAAUAUGUCCAAAAAGACAGAGUCUUGGAGAAAGGAAACGCAUUGCGCGGGAUUCAUCGUACGAACAGGAAGGGAAGGUCCAGUUUGUGAUUGAUGCUGUAUACUCCAUGGCCUAUGCCCUACACAGUCUGCACAAGGAUCUCUGUCCUGGCUACAUUGGUCUGUGUCCACGGAUGGGCAUCAUCGAUGGCAAAGAGUUACUUGGCUAUAUUCGGGCUGUCAAUUUUAAUGGUAGUGCUGGAACACCCGUUACUUUUAAUGAGAAUGGAGACGCUCCUGGACGUUACGACAUCUUCCAGUAUCAGAUAACCAACAAAAGCACAGAAUACAAAAUCAUCGGGCACUGGACCAACCAGCUGCAUCUAAAAGUGGAAGACAUGCAGUGGGCUAAGAGAGAGCACGUUCAGCCAGCGUCUGUCUGCAGUCUGCCAUGUAAGCCCGGGGAGCGGAAGAAGAAGGUGAAAGGAGUCCCUUGCUGUUGGCACUGUGAGCGUUGUGAAGGUUACAAUUACCAGGUGGAUGAAGUCUCCUGUGAACUUUGCCCUUUGGAUCAGAGACCCAACCUCAACCGCACAGGCUGCCAGCUAAUCCCCAUCAUCAAAUUGGAGUGGCAUUCUCCCUGGGCCGUAGUGCCUGUGUUCAUUGCAAUAUUGGGCAUCAUCGCAACCACUUUUGUGAUUCUGACCUUCGUCCGCUAUAAUGACACACCUAUUGUGAGAGCUUCAGGACGGGAGCUUAGCUAUGUGCUCCUCACAGGGAUUUUUCUCUGUUAUUCGAUCACCUUUUUAAUGAUUGCCACACCAGAUACAGUCAUAUGCUCCUUCCGCCGGAUCUUCUUAGGACUUGGCAUGUGCUUCAGCUAUGCAGCUCUUCUUACCAAAACCAACCGAAUCCACCGAAUAUUUGAGCAGGGGAAGAAAUCCGUCACAGCGCCUAAGUUUAUCAGCCCAGCGUCCCAGCUGGUGAUCACAUUCAGUCUCAUCUCCAUACAGCUCCUUGGGGUGUUUGUCUGGUUUGUGGUGGAUCCCCCCCACAUCAUCAUUGACUAUGGAGAGCAGCGGACACUGGACCCAGAGAAUGCCCGGGGAGUGCUCAAGUGUGACAUUUCUGACCUCUCACUCAUUUGUUCCCUUGGAUACAGUAUUCUCUUGAUGGUCACUUGUACUGUCUAUGCCAUUAAAACAAGAGGUGUCCCAGAGACUUUCAACGAAGCCAAACCUAUUGGAUUUACCAUGUAUACCACCUGCAUCAUUUGGUUAGCUUUCAUUCCCAUCUUUUUUGGCACAGCUCAGUCAGCAGAAAAGAUGUACAUCCAGACAACCACACUCACGGUCUCCAUGAGUCUAAGUGCUUCGGUAUCUCUGGGCAUGCUCUAUAUGCCCAAGGUUUAUAUUAUAAUUUUUCAUCCAGAGCAGAACAUACAAAAACGCAAGAGGAGCUUCAAGGCUGUGGUGACAGCUGCCACCAUGCAAAGCAAACUGAUUCAAAAAGGCAACGACAGACCAAAUGGAGAGGCGAGAAGCGAACUCUGUGAGAGUCUUGAAACCAACACUUCCUCUACCAAGACAACAUACAUCAGCUACAGCAAUCAUUCCAUCUGA